AUGGCUUUACUCUCCAGCGCACUCAGUGACCAACUGGGAAGCAAGCAAAUUCUGGAGAUUGCGUUUGCUUCGAUUGUACUCUUCUCCAUCAGCCUCGCCACUACCUGGAUCUACAGACUUUAUUUCCACCCGCUUGCUAAGUUCCGUGGCCCCCACGAGGCGGCUCUGUCGAGAAGGUGGCUGUUCGAGCAACAGCAGGCAAAGUUUCCGGAACGCAUUUUUGAGGAGCUGCAUCAGGCAUAUGGUGCGGCCUUGCGAAUUGGGCCAAACGAGCUUCAUUUGACCGACGUGUCGUUGUACAAAGAAAUAUACAACCAGACAACGCCAUACCUAAAGAGCAAGUCCUUUUACGACGGGUUUCUCACAGCACAUACUGUCUUCGCUGAAUGCGACCCUAUUUUGCACAAGGAACGGAGGAAGCUUUUAAAUCCAUUCUUUUCGCGCACUGGUGUGCUUAAACUAGAGCCUAUAAUCGACGAAAAGAUCAAAAUCUUUUUGGAAAAGCUAGGAGAGGUCUGUCCACUCGGACCGAUCGACGCCAGUCGAGCCUUCAGAUGCCUAACAGUGGAUGUUAUCUCUCAAUUUGCCUUUGGACGAUCACGGGAUCUAAUCCACGAGACACCCGGCGGCUUUGAUGCAGCCUUGUUGAGGGCCAUUGAUUCGGGUGGGGAUCAGUUAGCCCUUCUGCAGCACAGCUACGUCACACUAUUCUUUGCAGAGCGAUUGCCCUUAUCACUCGUCGCGCGGGUGGACAAAACAGUUGCUCAAAUUCACUAUCUGCAUGAGUUCGCAAGAGACUCUGUCUCGCAACAUAAAACCCGAAGGGGAAAAUCGCCGCACCCUGUCAUCUUUGACAAUUUACAAGGCCUUUCCGAUGAGUACCAGGCCAUGGAAGCAGUUGACAUCCUUCUCGCCGGUUCUGACACGACAGCGUUCACUGUGGCCACGGCAUUAUUUUAUAUCCUGAGCAACGAAAGCAUCAGAACUAGGCUUGUUCAAGAAUUAAAACAGAAUAUACCGGACUCAAAAGCUAUGCCGCCAUUGCAGCAGCUGGAAAAUAUUCAGUACUUGUGGGCAACUGUCAAAGAGUCAUUGAGAUUGGCAAUGCCCGUCCCGGGACUGCUUCCGAGAAUAGUCCCGAACGGUCCGUCUCCUUUAACUGUGGAUGGUCAAGUGGUACCUCCGGGAACUAUCAUCGGCAUGUCUGCAUACACUAUGCACUUUAGUACUGAUCUCUGGGGUCCGAAUGCUCGCUCGUUCAAUCUAGAAAGAUGGCUUGGUCCGGAGGGCAAGAGCCUUGACCAAUAUCUUUGCACCUUCAGUAAAGGCGUGUGGCAGUGCAUUGGGAUCAAUGUUGCGCAUGCGGAGAGCACGAUGCUACUAGCUCACCUUUUCCGUAAGUAUGACAUGAAGUUGAAAACAAAGCAGCUGGAUGUGACGGACAAUUUCGUUUCUACAUACCACGACGGCGUUUAUGUGGACUUCAAAUACGCACCUGCAUGA